AUGGCCUCAUCAAGCGACGUUGACCUCGCCGACUCCGGCCCGGUGCAUAUGAUGGCGAAAAACGACUGCACUGGUUCUUCUGGAAUAGUGAUUGACUGGGACAAGGAGGAGCACCGCCAUUGCGUCGCCGCAUGCCUUGUCAAAGGCGUUAUGGUGAUGAUGAAGGACAGGAGCAACCCACUCGCGCCGGCAUGGUGGAAAAGCUUCGGCUUCCGCUGCCGCAACGUGAUCAAGGAUGACAGCUGGGUCUCCAUAGACAUGGACGCUUCCGACCAGGGUAGCUCUGACUCCGGCCGGGAUGACGAAAUCUUCGGAGCCACCUACGAGUACGAGCCACCAGCCCGCCUGCCCCGCCACCCGUCCGCUCCAAGCUAUGUCGUCGCCUUCCGAGGCACCAUUCCUACCAACCUGGGAGAUCUAAUACAUGACAUCAAGAUCGUAUACAAUACAUUUUCCAACUCCAAUCGUUGUGACAUCACCCACGACGAAGUUGAAGGACUCCUCCAAGGUGGUGCAAACUCCUGUACUAUGUGGCUCGCCGGGCACUCACUUGGUGCGUCGCAGGCUCUAGAUGUCGGGCGGUCCAUGGCCGAGAAAGGCUUCAACCUCCCCACCUUUCUGUUCAACCCGCCGCAAGUGUCGCCAGCGCCGGCAAUCUACUUGCUGCGCCCGAAUGAGAAGGCCAAGAUGCAUCUAUACGCCACGAGCUCCCUCCUCAAGGGCUACGUCGACUACUUCGAGCAGAGGCAACUGGUGCAGGAACGCUUCCCUAGCAUCGGCAUGUCGGCGAUGAAGCUGUCGUACCGAGACAUGUUCUUCUCAGCGCUCAACAAAGACAAGGAGCGGUCGCACCUCCUGCCGUCGGCACUGCUGUGGGAGAACUCGAGGAUGGACAAUGACGUGGAGAAUCACCCGUCCAAGUGUACGCUGCUCCGCAAAGCGAACCGUCUCAAGAAGCGGGUCCUCAAGGCGCAUAGCCUCGAGCAGUGGUGGAAGCCGGACAAUGAGCUGAGCUUGACCAAGACACAGUACAACUGUCCUUCAGCAUAG